UUAAUGUGCGUUAGUCCCGCCCGCCUGCGCUGCCUUGACAAGCGUAAGUAACAAACCACCGGUGUCGACGAAUCGAGCUCAUCCAUAGUGGCUUCUGUCCUUACCGAAAACGUGCAAACGUGAAGAAACCGUGGAGGACCGCAGUGAACUGGGUUUUACUGCAGCAGAUCCAGGGAGUGGAACCUCUUUGCAUUACGCUGCAGGUGCAAGACAAUGGAGGCAAAAAUCGAACGGCAGGACGAAGACAUUGCAUUCAGCAACACUGACGCUAAUGGUAAACGCCCAGCUGAGGACAUAGAUGAGGAGCAGGCUUUUAAACGUUCACGCAAUACUGAUGAGAUGGUGGAGCUGCGUGUGCUGCUUCAGAGCAAAGUAAAGACCUGUUCAGUUCACACAAAUGCUGGCGCUGUUAUCGGAAAGGGUGGAAAGAACAUAAAAGCCCUACGUACAGAUUACAAUGCCAGUGUAUCAGUCCCAGACAGCAGUGGCCCAGAGCGGAUCCUGAGUGUGAACGCCAGUAUCGACACUAUUGGAGAGAUUCUGCUGAAAAUCAUACCAACUCUGGAGGAGUACCAACAUUAUAGUGGAAUUGAUUUUGACUGUGAGCUUCGCCUGCUGAUCCAUCAGAGCUUGGCAGGCGGGAUCAUUGGGGUGAAAGGUGCCAAGAUAAAGGAGCUGAGAGAGAACACCCAGACCACCAUUAAGUUGUUCCAGGAGUGCUGCCCACACUCCACUGACAGAGUCGUCUUGGUGGGAGGAAAGCCUGAACAUGUCAUUGAAUGUAUAAAAGUUAUUCUGGAGCUGGUGUCAGAGGCACCAAUCAAAGGUCGUGCCCAGCCUUAUGACCCCAACUUCUACGAUGAGACGUAUGACUAUGGAGGUUUCACAGUGUUAUUUGAGGAGAGAGGCAGACGUCCCAUUGGUGGCUUCCCCAUUCGUGUUCGUGGGGGUUUUGAGCGCAUGCCCCCUGUUCGUGGCAACAGAUCCAUGCCUCCCUCCAGAAGGGACUAUGAUGACAUGAGCCCCCGUCGGGGUCCACCGCCGCUGGGCAGAGGCGGACGAGGGGGCAGCCGAGCACGUAACCUGCCUCUUCCCCCGCCACCGCUGCCAAGAGGAGGGGGAGACAGGUUCUCACAUGGCAGCUACCACAGCAGCAUGGACGACAGACCAAGUGACAGAAGAGGCCGAGGAGGAGACCGUUAUGACAGCAUGAGCGGAGGUGGAUAUGAUAACAACUCUUCCUGGGACCACUUUCAGUCUGGUGGUAGAGGGUCAUACAGUGAUAUAGGAGGCCCAGUCAUCACAACACAGGUCACCAUCCCGAAAGAUCUGGCUGGCUCCAUCAUCGGUAAGGGCGGCCAGAGGAUCAAACAGAUCCGCCACGAGUCUGGGGCAUCCAUCAAGAUUGAUGAACCACUAGAGGGCUCUGAGGACCGCAUCAUCACCAUCACAGGAACACAGGACCAGAUCCAGAAUGCCCAGUACCUGCUUCAGAACAGUGUGCGGCAAUAUUCAGGUCGAUUCUUCUAGGAAGAAAGAAGUGAAGAAGAAGAGAGAAGCCAUGCUGCCAUACUGUUUGCUCCUUCUAUUCAGAGCCUACAUUCCUCUGCUUUGGGUAGAUGUGCCCCCUCCCCCCACCGUCACACACUACACCACCUAUCUGUACAUUAUAUGUUUUAUUUAGAAGAGUUUCUGAAAAACCUUAAGCUGUCAAACAGCAAACAUGGAGUCAACAUAUUUCUGUGCUGGUGUAAUUAUUUUUUGGGAGACUCUUGUGCCAUCGUUGGAGUAAAAUCAUCUGCUAAGUGAUAACUUUUGGUGUUGUGAGUCACCCCUCGCUCUUAUCUCCCUCAUUUCAGUACAGCAUGCAGAAUUGAAUCUUUUUGUAAGGAACAUUGAUAUUUGUUUUUCUUUUUGUCUACCACAAAUGUUGAAGCACUUUCUCCAGAUGAAGAUACAUGGACUUUAAAUGGUUAAAGAACCAUUUAAAUAAACUUUAACUUUACAUCCAA